AUGCGUACUCAGUCUAUCUUCUCUCUACUCGCUGUGGCCACAGCUGUCUUCGCCGAGGAUGCUCCCGUCGUAGAUAGCAAUCCCGUCGGCGCACAGUACGAAGCCCUCAUCAAGGGCAAGGCGCCAUACGAAGUCUCUGGCUCCGUCAAGAUCGCCAGUGGUGCUGCUGGAAUGGGUGUCUCGGUCGAGAUCGCCCUUGCCAAUCUGCCUGCCGAGGGCGGCCCCUUCAUAUACCACAUUCAUGAGAAGUCCGUUCCUGAGGAUGGCAACUGCACUGCCACUGGCGCGCAUCUUGACCCGUACAAGCGCGGCGAAGAUCCCGCUUGUGACGCUACGAAGCCAGAAUCUUGCCAAGUGGGCGAUCUCUCUGGUAAACAUGGUAAAAUCACUCAAACUUCGUUCUCUGCUACUUACAAUGACGCUUACAUUGCAACCUCUACGGACGACAAGUCCUUCUUCGGCGAUAAGUCUAUUGUCGUCCACCUGGCCAACAAGACCCGCAUCGCCUGCGCCAACUUCAAGGAAUUGUCCCCUGGCGCUGUCAACACCACCGUCACCUCCGUUGGCACCUCUUAUGGAACCGCACUGCCUUCUGGAUCUGCAAGCCAGGGCCACAAUGCCACUACUUCCGCUACAGCAACUGGAGGGUCCUCCACUGGUGCUCCUAUCCAGCCGACCGCUUCCCAGACUUCCAGCCCUACCAACACACCAGGCGCCGCUGGCAAGGUGGCAGUCAGCGGAGCAGCCAUCUUCGCUUUCGCGGCUGCCUUGAUGCUCUAA